AGUGAAAGCUCAUUGGUCCAGAUGCUUCAACUUCCUACACAAACAAACUUCUGCUGUAUUGCUAAAUUGAAAGAAGCAGCUUGUUGUCAUGGUGUAUUCUAAAGUCUGGAUUCAGGACAGAGGGACAGUAUUUUAGUUGCUGAUAUGUGAUGCUGACGCUGUGCUGCAUGAAGAAGUUUUCAUUUAUAAAUGUUGGACUUGUGCCCAGACUGCUAUGGUAGAAUCUGGAAGAAAACACAAUAAGGAGAAGAACGUCAGACCAAUUUUGCAGGAACAUAUGUGGGGGGGAAAAGGCUUUAACAAAAGACAUUUUUCGAACAGUGAAAGAACUAGACCAUGGACAAUAGUUAUGAAUCUUUAAAAAUCUAUCCUGCGUCAACCACUAUUAUCCAUGCAGAGUCAAAAGAAUGCUUUAUCUGUCGAGAAGGAGACGAGAUGGGUUGUGACGCUCUGCUGCACUUCUGUGACUGCAAAAACCUGAUUGCUCACCAGAAGUGUGUGUUAACCUGGAUACAAAAGAGUUCUGAUAAUCAAGAUAGAGCAAGAUGCAAAGUAUGUACAGCUGAGUACCAGCUACAGAAAGGAUCAGUGUGGAGAAUCCUGUUUUGUCACUGGCAGAAUUGGCUCUUCUUCUGCUUGGUCCUGGCAGUAAUGACUAUCAUUCCCCUUGCAGUCUAUCGAAUGAUGGUAGCUUUUAAGGACCCUCCACCCAGUGCUGUAUUCCAUGCAGCAGCUGUGUGCUUUGGAGUUCUCGCAGAGACUCUUCUGAUAAAGAUCUCACCCUCUGCUACAGCUAUUGAAACAUUUAAAUCUCACUCUCUACAACUCCCUGGAGAAGAAACUGAAAGAGCGAAUGCUGUCAAUUAUCCCACCAACAGAUACGUAUUGUAUUACUGCAGCAGCAAAUACAACGAGGCCAAGAUGUCUUCAUUUUCCGUCAGAGCGAGAACUGUAGAACAAUGUGAUCGAGGCGUUGGUCUUCUGUGGCCAGCCGGUCAGAACCCAUCAACAGCUGUGAUGAGCAGAGCAGAGAUGGGGAAACAGGAGGCAGUCAAAGCCAAAGAAGGUUUCGGCCUGAAGCUGUGUGUAUGACUGAAGCAGAGCAAGGCCAGGACCCAAGGAAACCCCAGCAGCAAGGGAAAAAACAGAUUGACUCUCAGUGACUCAUUUAGCUCCUGGAUUGGACAAAUCUCUCCCCUGCUGGCAGUUUGGCUGAGCAUCAAUGAGACAGAUACCAGGAUGAAUAGCUUAAAAUAAUUAGGGGGCCAAUCUGCAAAACUGCUCUCAUCCAAUUCUUUACUGUGUGAUGAAAGACACAAAACAAAUUACAUUUAGAUAUUAAAUAUUAAGUCACUGGAUUUACCUCCAUUUGGUCCAAAGCAGGAAACUGGAUAAAAUUCAAUUUUAUAUCAUUGUGUUGAUGGCCUGUUUUUCAUCAAAUGAGUGAGUGUUUGUUGGCAGGUCAGACUCUUUGACACAUGGGGAAAAUAGGUGCUUAAUUUAAAUGAGAAUUAAUGCAAUCAUAAUUAACACAAAUGUGAACAGAAUUAAACACAGGCAAGAGUUCAGUUUAAUGCUUAGCAGUUUAAACUAUAUGUUUUAGGAAACAUCCUGCUUCAGCUGAAGACAAUGGCAGUGUUGCCACUGAAUUCAAUGGAAACCGGAGUAGGCCUUCUAGGUAGACAGGCAGGAUUCCCUGUACUUUAUAUUUAAUGCACAAAAACAGAAGCAACAAGCUCAUUUAGUAUCAGUAAAGGUCAGUUAAAAUUAUAGAGACAUCCUUUGGAGCAAAUCUUCUGCCUUGUAUUUGCAUAUUUAUGAACUAGAGAUUAUGACAGGCCAUUCCAUUUAUUAGAGCAGCGCUGCUAUAGUUAAUAGUCUGUCAGCGUUUCCAUUAUAAACCCCGUUUUUCAGUGUUUUAAUUUCUCAGCCAUUUGAAAUCACAUCAGGAAGCAACGUAGCCCUUGUGUUGUCAGGCCAGGUGCAUUUUUUUUUAAAUUAAUAAAAAUAUAUUUAAAUGAGCUCAGCCAUUUCUGAUUGGGCAAAUGUCAUAAAAUCACAAAGCCUUGGGGGAUAUUAUUCUUUUUUCUUUUUUUUUUCGGGAGAUUUUGACAAUCGCUUCUUCUUUUUCUUCUCCUUAUCUCAUCACCUGGGGUCAAGUUAUCAUGCAAGCAUCUGCCAUCUUCUUCUGUCCAAGGCAGCACUAAAGUCCACUUGCUUACCAUCUUCUUUGAUGCAAUCCAUCCAUCGCUGCUUCAGCUUUCCUUGGGGUCUCUUUCCAACCACCCUGUCCUGUCCCCAAAUUCUCUUCAUUCAUCCUGUGCACGUGUCCAAACCAGCAAAGUUGCACUUCCUUGAUUUUGUCAGCCACAUCACAGACAUUGACUUCCAUCCUAAUGCUUUCAUUUCUAAAUCUGUCCCUUCAUGUAACUCUUUUUAUUAUGCAAAGACAGCUCAUCUCAAACACCUGUCAGCAUUGAACUUGCUGUAUCUUACCCAUGCUUCUUCACCAUACAGCGUUGUGGAGUACACUUGGAAUCUCAGUGUCAGUGGCGUAUGCUUCUCAUAAGCAACAUCUAGGAUGUUAUUCCACACUCAUCCAGCACUCUCCAGUCUGGACUGCAGCUCACAUUCAAGCUUGCUGUCUUCCAUAACCCAGCCACCAAGGUACUUGAACUGGUCACUUUGGUUUAGUCAUGGUCCAUUAAUCUCUAUAUCCAGUUUCCCUCUGGCACCUCUACUGACUCACAUGACCUCAGUCUUAGUCAUGUUCAUUUUCAUCCCAUGCCUGCUUAGCUGGUCAGACCACUGAUUUACUUUUUCCUCUAGGUCUUCUUUUGCGGAUGCCCUUAUUGCUAUAUCAUCUGAGUAUAGCAGCUUCUCCCCUUUUCACAUUGGGUUCUUCCUGCUGACAUAGGCCAUCAAUAUGAUAAACAGCAGCGGACUGAGAGCUGACCCUGGUGCAGUCUGACUUGCACUUCAAAGGGCUUGUUGUUCCAGUACCUGUUCAGAUCACUGUUUUAGGUGAUGUAUAUAAUGCAUUCGCCAUAAAUAUUAAAUCCGUAGACAUUCCAUAUUUCCUCAGCAUUGGUGUGAGCAUCCUUGUGUCCACUUUUUGACAAACACAUCUAUCAAAAACAUCUUGAAGUUUUGAAAAAUGACAUUUUGCAAGCAGCAAGUAUAUAAAGGGAACAUCAGUCCUUGGUGCAAAGUCGAAGUUGCUGGAGGUACUUAUCAAGUGGUGACACCAGGCUGGUCCCAAGCACGUGUGAACCAUUUGGCUGCACAUGGUGCCCCUUGCCCUUGGCAGCCAAAGCAUUGGGCUAAGGGUGACAGCUAGGAAGAGAGAGCAUGUGAGACAGCAGGAGCCACAUUAAGGUGAAUGAGAUGCCUUGAGUAGAACAAGCAUCAUGGGCAGAUCCACAUUGUUGCAGGGUAGGAUGGAGAGUUAUGAAACUGGCAUCCCCGUAAGUGAUUCUUCUACUUCUUCUGAAACUGGUUAAGACCAGCACUAUGGUGACCGCAUUGCUGUUAUUUUGGAAUAUAACUUUUAGUACUUUGCUGAGCUUUUCCUAGUUUCCCUGCAUGCAAUAUAGAGACAAGCUGCACCUUCCUCAUGCCUAUUUGAACUUCCUACUUAUUCUGAGUGUCCCCAGCUUGUCCACAACAGAGGAAUUCCAUCUAUUGCCAACUCCCUGGCAAAAGGAAGAUUGCUGAUUACAAUGGCAAUAUUUAGGUGAGGGCAGGAAUAGGAGUAAAGUGACAAAAUUUUAAAAAAUUGUAAUUCUACCCACUUCAAAGGAGUCCCCAGGAAGAGGCAAACACCCAGGAGAACAGGCUUCCACCUGAAAACACAUGCUUUUUCCCAUCCUUCCUGUCACAAGAUCCUGAGACUCUGGGAACCUAAGUGGGACCUGAUAGCACCAAUGUAAGGAAGCUGCCCCAGACUUAGCAUGUAUGAUGCACUUAUUGUGUAACGUAUUAUAAAAGCACCUGGCACAGAACCAAAACUCUGUAUUUUCUUCCAUGAACUGUGGCUGGAGUAGAAACUCUUAGUUGUAAAAGCUAUGCUACAUAUACACUUUGAAAAUAUAUACCUUUUAAGGUAUGAGGCAGCUAAAGCCUCAGGUCUUAAAGCCUCCAGAUUUUGACAGCAGUCAAAUCCAAACAGAUUCAAACUUUAUGUCUAGCCAAUCUCUGUAAUGAGUAAAAUAAAAGACCUGGAUCAGGACACCAUGUUCAAACCUCUGGAAAAUUUGGAUCCAUCUCGAAUAGCUCAGGCUCAUCUCCACUUCUUUAGCACAACAAUAUUUGGGAUAGUUGUCAAUGUGAUUCCUAAUUUUAGGAGGUUCUUUUUUCCAAAUUCCACCCCAGAAUUAUAGUAAAGAGCGAUCUUCCUUUCCCUGGAUAGACUGCAAAAAAUUAAUCCCUGGUCAUGAUAGUUGUUCGUAACUCAGAACUAGGCAGAAUUAGGACUGGUGCUUCCUGAUUGUUUUGCAUUUGUAAUAAUAAAACUUUUUUUAAAAGUAAAUGUUGCCUGAUGUAGCAGUAAUGAAGAGACUGCCAAGCAUGUGUUCAAAUAUGUCUAGAGUAUGCACUAUUAUAUGUAAUCUGAUGGAAGAUACAUUCUGAAACUUAUCUGAGUAUUAGUUUUCACUACAUAUUUGUUUUGCUAUAUUUUAUUUUUACUUUGCAGUGAAAUAAAAAGACUUGCACAACUGA